UCAUAGGAAAAACUAGAAGAGUGUAAGUUGCCUGAAAAAGAGGAUUUUUUCAGCAUUCUCAAUGACUCAUCGAUAUCUGAUCGAGAGUAUGAGCAUACACAAAAUGUAUCGAGUACAUUUAAUAUACAAACACUUGGCGAGUACUCAGAUCUUUAUAUGAAGACUGAUGUUUUGCUGUUAGCAGACGUUUUCAAAAAUUUUCGAGAUCAGAGCAUGAAUGUUUAUAAUCUAGACCCUGCUCAUUAUUACACUACUCCAGGCUUUUCCUGGGACGCUAUGCUCAAACAUACAGGUGUACAAUUAAAACUUCUAACAGACAUUGACAUAGUACUUUUUAUAGAACGAGGAAUUCGAGGUGGUUUGAGUCAGUGCUCUAAUCGGUAUGCAGCAGCUCAUCAUAAGUACAUGCUUGAAAAGUAUGAUAAAGAUAAAGCAAAUGAAUACUUGAUUUAUUUAGAUGCAAAUAAUUUAUACGGAUUUGGGCUUUCACAGUGUCUUCCGUAUGAUGAAUUUCAGUGGCUUGAAAAUUGUGAAAGUUUUGAAUUGUUUUCCAUCGCAUCAGACGCUUCUCAUGCUUAUAUUUUAGAAGCAGAUUUAUAUUAUCCUCCUGAAAUACACGAUGAUCAUAAUGAUUUACCAUUCUGUCCAGAACAUGCAAAACCUUCGGGAUCUAAGCAGGAAAAACUUUUAGCUACCUUCAACCUAAAAGAAAUUACAUUAUUCAUUAUAUUGCUCUGCAACAAGCUCUUUCAAACGGUCUUCGACUCGUUAAAAUACAUAAAAUUCUAAAAUUUAAGCAGUCUCCCUGGCUCAAAUCAUAUAUUGAUUUCAACACUAGUAUGAGGGCUGUAGCAAAAAAUGAUUUUGAAAAAAACUUUUUCAAACUAAUGAAUAAUGCUGUAUUUGGCAAGACCAUGGAAAAUAUUAGAAAACGAGUUACAGUCAAACUAAUGAGUAAAUACGAUGGAAGAUAUGGUGUCGAAGCUCAAAUUUCGAAGCCAAACUUCCACAGUAGUUCCAUAUUUAAUGAGAAUCUAGUUGCAAUACAGUUAAAUAAGACUGAUAUACUUAUGAAUAAGCCAAUCUAUGUUGGGCUUGUAGUUUUAGAUCUCUCCAAGACACUGAUGUAUGAUUUUCAUUAUAAUUAUAUACGGCAAAUGUACAAAGAUGAUUGUAAUUUAUUGUAUACAGAUACUGAUAGUUUUAUAUAUGCUGUUAAAUGGGAUGAUUUUAAUGAAGAUAUGAAGAAGAAUAUUCAUAAAUUCGAUACAUCAGAUUAUUCGGCAGACAAUGUAUUUAAUAUUCCAUGUGUUAAUAAAAAGGUCGUAGGACUUAUGAAAGUCGAUUGUAAUGGUCAGAUUCUUACAGAAUUUGUUGGAUUGAGAAGCAAAAUGUACAGUACACGUGUUAAUAAUCAAGAUAAUAUGAAAAAAAUCAAGGGUAUCAAAGCUUCAGUUGUAAAGAAAACCAUUGAAUUUAAUGACUAUUUGGACUGUCUACGAAAUUCACGCAUUCAGAGUCGAGAGCAGUACGCUAUAAGGUCCAAACUUCACAAGGUGGAGACCAUUAGACAGAGGAAGAUUGCUCUCAGUCCUUACGAUGAUAAGAUUUCUUCAAGAUAAUACUACUGAUACGCUUGCCUGUGGGCACUAUAAAAUAUUACAAAAUGGAAACGUCUGAUUCCAGCAAAGAGUAGCGUGUACGAUUUAAGGAAGAACCAACCAUACACUUGAUGUAUAAAUGGAAAUUUGCGCAUCAUGAAGCUCGAUGUGGCAAGUGGGAGCAGGUUGCACGCGAUCGAGAACGUUUUAGGAGAAGAAUUUUACAAAUAAAUGAAAUUAUAUUGCCAGUACUUGUAAAAAAAUUGAAGGAAAUGUAAAUAAAUGAACAAUAAAUUUUACAUCAAUUAUAA